UCAAACCAGACAAACUUCGAUCAUGUUUCGUCUUUAUAAUUUAUCCAAAUGCGUCCGAGCAGAAACGUAAAUGGCGAUUCUUCUUUCUACGAGGAGAACCACCCCAUGUUCCUUCGCCGGCUGAGCUCUUUCAGCUCAUCCCUCCCUCCCUGCAGCCAUCCUGCUCUCUCCUGGGCCGGCUUCAGGAGCAGCAGUGCCUCCUCCUCCACCUACCUCCCCCACUUCACCCCAACUCGUCAUCCAUGGUCGUCUGUUCAGGGAUUUCCACCCUGGCCUCCUCAGCUCCCCCACUCCCACCCAUCAGCCCAUCAGGUCUUCACUGGUAGGACGUUACACCCUCUGAAUACCUACCGUGGUCCCUCUGCAGGUAGCUGGCGUUCAUUCUACACCUCUGCAGGCCGCAUGAUGGAGCGUCCUGACCGAGACAGAGAGCCUCCAUACAAACGGAGGAAGAGUGUGGAGGAGAAGAGGGGCGCUGAAGAAAAGGAAGGACACAGAGGAGGAGCACCAGGGGCAUCAGGAGGCAGGUCCAAGGAGGGAGGCUUUAGGAAAGAGCACCAUCACCAGGGCUCCAACAUUAACAGCAGCCUUCGAUCGAACCACCAUUUCCAAGAUGGAGGUCGAGACAGAGGGAAGAAUGGAGCUGUAAAAGGUGUCAGUCGGGAAAACAGCAGAGAUAAAGAUGUAGAAAGGACUAAAGUUGUGAAUAAAGACAGACAGCGAAAGGACAGUUCCAGUAAAGAUGGAUCUCCACAUCGAGGGAGGAAGGAACAUCAGCAAGGAGGACAGCAGGAUUCACAAACUGCAGGGGCCAGGACUCAGGACACCGUUUCAGUCCACAAACCCAACCCCUGGUUUAAAAAUAGAGGUACUGAGGAGCUGAGUGGGCUUCAAAGGUACCCAAAAGGGCCAGCAGAGCAGUCAAGGAAGUUAGGUAGUGAUGGGGGGCAGUGGCCGGAGCUCGUUUCUCAUCCUCACAGCACCACUCCCCAGCAAAACCCGUGGCAGGUAGAUGGAGCAAAAAGGCAACCUCCUCCACAUGCAGUCUCACAACCUGUGAAAACUCUUCAGAGACACUGGGAGCCCUGCAGUUCUGACCUCCAGCCACCAGGGGGCAGCACAAUGUUUGAUUUCUCAGUGAUGUCCUACAACAUUCUGUCCCAGGAGCUGCUGCAGGACAACGCCUACCUGUACCGACACUGUAACCCCAGCGUCCUUUCGUGGGAGUACCGGCGGCCCAACCUGCUGGCUGAGAUCCAGCAGCACAACGCUGAUAUCCUGUGUCUUCAGGAGGUUCAGGAGGACCACUAUGAAAACCAGAUUAAACCUGCUCUACAGGCUCUGGGUUACCACUGUGAGUAUAAGAAGCGAACAGGAAAGAAACCAGACGGUUGUGCUGUCACCUUCAAGACCUCCCGCUUCUCCCUCCUCUCCUCCAACCCUGUGGAGUUCUUCCGUCCUGGCGACGCCCUCCUCGAUCGGGACAACGUGGGAUUGGUUGUGCAGUUGCGACCUAACGACUCCAUCAGCCAGUCGGAUCCCUCCUCCUUCAUCUGCGUCGCCAACACUCACCUUCUGUACAACCCUCGUCGAGGUGACAUCAAACUGGCCCAGCUGGCCAUCCUAUUGGCUGAGAUCGGUCGACUGUCCCGCCUCCCGGAUGGAUCGGCCAAUCCGGUUGUGCUGUGUGGGGACUUUAACUCCACACCUUGGAGUCCGCUGUACAGCUUCCUGACCUCAGGCUGCCUGGACUAUCGCGGGAUGCAGAUCGGCAUGGUGUCCGGUCAGGAGAACAGUCCCAGAGGUCAGCGUCUCCUCACGUCUCCAAUCUGGUCUCACAGAUUGGGAAUCACCCAUCAGUGUCAGUAUGAGAACAAACCCACUGCUGAGUGCUCCCCCACCAGCCCUACAGCCGUAGAAGGAGGAAUCUCUAAUCUGUCUGUGGAAGACCUCGCCACCAAAGCUGCUGCUGCUGCUGCCUUUAACAGAGCGAGGAUUGAGCACGGCCUGAAGCUGCAGUCGUCCUAUCAACACCGGCUGAUGCCUGAUGGGAGACCUGAGAUCACCACAUGUCACUCCCGCACGGCAAUGACAGUGGAUUACAUCCUGUACACUCCAGAUUUCACCACACCUCCUUCAUUUCCUGGUGGGCGGGGCCUCCAGCUGCUGGGCAGGCUGUCAUUGGUCGGUGAGUCAGAGCUGGAGGAAGUCAACGGCCUGCCCAAUCAGCACCACUCGUCAGACCAUCUGCCUCUCCUUGCUCGCUUCCGUUUCCAGCGCUGACCUGGGCUCCUCAUGUCGACAGAGGACAGCCAAUCAGAACAGCUGUCAUACUGACAGUGCAACUAACAGGGAAGAAGGCAGCAUUAAAGAGGUCUGAUAAAUGAGCAGUCACGCACUCAGUUAAUGUUCAACCUAAUGUUCAAAUGUAAAUUUUCUUUGCCACGUGAACAUGAAAGAGGAUGAAGUGCCAAACAUGGAUUAAAUGCUAAAAUGUCUGUUGCUGGUGGUGAGUUAAUUGCCCACAAGGAACAACAUGUAAAACAGAGCUGGCUGCAGGUAGUAUACAUAUGAAAUAAGACGUCAUGGCCUACAGUUUUGAUUGAUCCAUUAAUUGUGAUUUAUGCAACUAAAGGUAACAACAAAGUGAACAUUUGUUUUUUUCUUUUGAACAAAAGAUUCUGCUCAGAGGUCUGCUCGGUGGUUAGCACCAUCUUAGAAGAUCCCCAGUUCACGUCCCGGCGAGGACACCUGGGAUCUUUCAGUUU